UGAAACAACUGAAUCACAUGCUUCUUUUAUAAACCGUACUACACGUGUGGUACUACUAGUACUUUGUAGACGACACCUUCAACGGCCGUGACGCAGGGUUGACACAAUACUUAUAAUAAGCGAUCUGUUUCUCAUAGAAACCAGGCGCUCAGGAAUAGCCCUCUUUAUGUCCAGGCAUGGCCGGUGUGUAUAUGCCACAUCCGGUUUCGUCUGAUGACUCCAGGAACGCACCGACAUAUUUGGACACCAUCAGACUAGACGCAGGUGGCAAGAUGCGCACGGCGUCUCCAUGUUAACAAGGGUGCUCCCCUGCGUACGCUGCUCUGCACUUCGUCGCGUCUUUAAAUCCCCAACCUCGUCCAGCGUCCGUCACCUGUUUCGUCCAUCCACACAACGAAACAUUGCCAUAGCUUCCGGUUGGCCGAAUUCAAACCUGCGAUAUUUCGCAAGCGGCAGAAUGGCUCUCAGGAACACCACUGUAUCCUUUACACAGCGAUUCUUCGAGACCUUCGUUUGGCGGCCCGGUAUCGGUCUGGCUAUCGGUUUGGCGGAGUCAGUGCUGCCGGAGAACGUCCAGAACUGCGUCCUCGGCACCUUUCUUCCAGAGAAGCGUGGCUCCAAUACAAACCACCACACGGAAGAGUCCAGUAAGGCUGCGAGGAUGCAGACCGUCAGGGAAGCGGACACCACUGAGCGAAACGCGGGGGCAAUGGCCAGCGAACAAGUCGAAGCAGAAGCUGACGUCAAAACCGAAGCUGGGGCCGAAGCCGACCGAUGUAUGCUAGAUAACGCAUACGCCAGAGCCAAGUUCUAUGUCUCGAUGGUUAGCUAUAUGGCUACCGGAAUGGGAGUAGCGUCCCAGGCCUCGGGGAUCAACUGGAGGGCCGGCAGUCAAGGUCUUGACCUUAUCCUCAACUCGGGCCGCGAGCAAGUCGGCAGUCAGUAUGCCGGCCACGACCAUGAUCCAGAGUUCGAGCGAUGGACGUACAUCACUGGCGUCCAGCACCUGCUUAGGGGCCUGCCUGCCGACCUAGCCCCUGUCGAAACAGCGAUACUCCACCACGCCAUGCCGCCGGCGAUGGCGGACACCACGACGAAGUCUUUCGCGCCGAGUCAGCCGCAGUGCGCCUGCCGCGGGAGCGUCAACCGGAACGGGGUACACGUCGUCAUCUUCUUCAUCCUUGGCUGGCUAUAUUCAAUGUUCACACGGAUCAUCCCGGAGAUAGUCGCUUUCGCCGGCAAGGCGUAUCAGCUGGAGCAAGAACGACACUACAUCCCACGGUUGACCUUAGCGGCAUCACGACUGAUCACGAGCCUUGACGGAGCGUUUCGGAAUCUCGGCCACACCGCCAUUGGCGGAGCCCUUCUUUCACUGUUUGUGUACACCGCGCAGGGCUUCAUGGGUGCGGUUACCGAAUUUGCGGAAGGCAUGCAGAUGGAGAUGUCGGGACCCUCGAGGGGCAAAGUGGCUACAGCGAAAGAGUAAUAGUGUCGACGACUUAGUAUUUUACGUAACGUUGAACAUGUAAUCCGUAUGUAUUGUGA